AUGUCAAAUGUGAUUACGAAUUUGUCAAAAUAAGUUGAAAUAAUCUUAAUUAUUACAAAUGAAACUUUAUAAUACGAUUUAUUUGUAUAUUUUUCUCCAGUCCAUCAGUGCCCAGAUUAACAGUGUCGAAAAGUGUUAUUUCUGUGAGCAUCAUUGUUCGCCACCGAUUCAAGUCAAAGUGUGUAAAGAUAUUUUGCCUAACAGUAACAAUUUUGAGUGCAUACGAGUUUUGAAUUUGGAAGACGGUGAACUGAAGGAAUAUCGAGGCUGUAUUGAUGAUACAGGCGUACCAUACAACGACAAAUGUCGAGUCGUUCAUACUAAAGAAGAUAAUUAAACAAAAUGCCUCAAGGCCCGAUGUCGAGCCCCUUGAUGAAGCCGUUCGUGGUACUGGCACUUCCUGGCAUGUACCUCUUCUACAAGUACAACCAAUACAAACGUCGCCGGAAGGAAAACGCCAAACGACGUCUCACCGAACGUGAACUGCAACACCUCAACAACAAGAUUGAUAAGCUAUUAAGCAAACUGGAAGAGAACGAACCCGAAAUGGCAAGUUGCCAAGAAGAAGAGUGUGUGAUCUGCAUUAAUGCCAAAGCAACCAUGCAAACUGCUCCUUGUGGCCACCAAGUUGUCUGCAGAAAAUGCUUCGUGAAGACUAUCCAAAUCGCAGUAUCGCAGAGACUCCUUCCGUUGCGAUGUGUCAUCUGCAGAGCAAAAAUUUUGAGAUUAAAAACGGGCCCCAUCCUGCCUUCUUCGGCAAGCGGUUACUCGGUGAAUUCUCGAUCCUCUUUGGUUCCCCAAUCCGACAGUUUGUACAGUGUCAGCAGCGGCGGCUCGUCUGUUUCUUCCACUUCUUGUUCUUCCGACGGUAGCAGGAAAUCUUCGUCAUGUUGCGGCGGCCGGUGCAUGGGGGCCUAUCCGCGACAGCCCGCCACAGGAGCCAUCAGGAGGUCGCAACAGCAUGCCAUGAAGAUAAGACUGCAGGAGUACUGCCAUCCGGAAAAGGGAAACAUUAACAGACUUCCUCCCAUAAGAGAAUUGCCCGGACAAAGUCCCAGUCAUAACACGCCUCCGGCUUCCACUAGGAUAAGAUGUGCCCAGAAGAUCGUCACUCAGCUGGAAUCUGUGCCACUGUUGGGAAAAAGCCGAAACAAAUACGAGAAACUCCCCCAAGAAGAUGUGGACGAGCAGCACGUGAAGAAAGAUCGAAAAUGGUGGCUUGAUCGAAGCAUAAACGAAGAAAAGAUCGACAACAAAAAGAACGAAAUCACUGAGAAGCACAUGGAGAUGAAGGGAAAACAAAAAUUUGAAGAUAAAAAGAAAUCAAUAAAAGACGCAAGGCUAUAAACCGAUUUUUCAAAUUUUUUUCAAGAGGGCUCAAAUUUUAGUCAAUUAGAUUAGUCAAUUUGCUCUAGGUAUAUAAUCAUAUUGGUUUCGGGAAAAAUUCGGAAAAUUGCCUUGAGUACAAACGAACGGUUCGAAGCAAGAGCUUUCAUCUCGUGUAAGUCGGUGGUAGAACUAGAUGAUGAAAUUGAUGUUUACGGCCCUCUUAGCCUUCCCCUCAAAAUCCCUCUUCUUGUUAAUUAAUAAUCCUAGAAUUUCGAAUAAACGCUAUUUAAAAAAUGCUUGUGAAGGCCAAUUUUAAUAAUGACUUGUAUAUCAGCCCGAUCCAAAUAUUAUACGAUCAUUCUGUAUAUAAACAAAAUGUUUUCUACUAGAGUAGAGAAAUACAUAUCUAAUAAUGAAUUCGACGAAAUCAAAAUAUUUUAAACAAUAAUGGUUUUAACGGUACAAAUAGGUUCGUUUUGAUUUGUUUGUAUACAGACUGAGGAGUAAUUUCAAAUGUUGGCAAUAAUAUUGAAAUACAUAUUAGAAAUAUUGUAUUUAGCGCUGGUUACGACCCUGUAUCAUAUUAUAGAACUUUAAUUUUGUAAGAGUAGAUGUGUUGUAUUACAUUGUUGUGGUUAGGUAUAUUUCAAAAUAAA